AUGCAUCUUCCGAGUGGCGAUAAGACCCUCCACCUUGGUGGCGUUUCUGGAAUGUCCGAUAUGGGCAUACACAGCAACGGCAUAUCCAAGCCGCAGCAAAACGGUUCACACACCAAUGGCUCCAACGGCACGAACGGUCACAGCUCACAGGUUAAUGAACUGCAAAUACCGCGUCCUAGAGGAGAGGAGCUGUCCGGGACACUGGACACUAUUCUCACGGCUUGGACCAUCUUGAUCCAUCGUUACCAGCGUGAUGCGUUCCAGCAAUUCACGUGGGGCAUCAAAGCUGGUGAGAAGGACGGAAAAGCCCAAUGCAUACAAACAGCAGACUUCGACCUGCCAAGCCAAAAAACAGCAGACAGCUUGAAAGCAAAACUUGGUUCUACACGAACAGCUGAUCUUGCGCUUGCUCAGGGUUCAACACUCUUUUUGAAUGAUGGCACUAGUAGUGAAAAUAUGACUAAUGCCAAGCAGUGGACUUUCGAAGUAUCGCUCGAUAUCUCCGAGAGUUCGAUACACGCAGCCACUCGAUGGCUGCCACCAACCAUGUCACAAUACCAAGCUGUGUCUCAGCUUCAAUCUUUUGGUCAUAUUCUUGAGACGCUUCUCAAUGAGCCGAAUCACGACAUCUCGGAUCUUGUGUCCAUCUCUCAAAGGGAGCUCGAAGAGAUAUGGAAGUGGAACUACCCCGAGCCCGAGGAGCGGAAGGUAUGCCAUCACGAUAUGAUCUCCGAGAAAGCUGCACAGUUCCCAGACAAAAUCGCGAUUGAUGCCUGGGAUGGUACCUUGACUUACAAACAACUUGAAGACUAUUCAACAAGCUUGGCGCAGAAUCUUCGACUAAUAAACGACUCUGCAGACCAGGUCAUCCCAGUGCUCUUCGAGAAGUCGCGAUGGACGGCAGUAGCUGUGCUUGCAGUCUUGAAAGCAGGCGCAUGCUUUGCUCUGCUCGAUCCUGCGCAGCCAGAAGGACGUUUACGAUCGAUCACUCAGCAGCUCAACCCCUCACUGCUCAUCUGCGCAAAGUCGCAAGCCUCACUUGCUGCGCAGAUUUCUCCCUCUUCUACCAUCAUACCAAUCUCUGAGUCCAAAUUCGACAAGGUGUAUUCUCCCACUGCAGAGCAACAGCCAAAGACUAGUCUACCAAAAGUGUCUCCAUCGGCAAACAUGUACAUUCAGUUUACAAGCGGCAGCACUGGAUUGCCGAAGGGAUGCCUUGUUUCUCACAGUCAGUACACCACUGGUGCCAUACCUCGUGGGUGGCACGUCGGCUACCGAGAGCACUCACGAGUCUUCGAUUUUGCUAGCUACGCUUUUGACGUCAGCAUCGACACCAUGUUUUGCACGCUAGCGAUUGGAGCGACGCUAUGCACGCCCUCUGAGGAGCGUCGUAUGAACGAUCUCAGCGGCGUCAUGCGUGAUCUACGAGUUACACUCGCUGGCAUGACCCCAUCCGUGGCCCGAACUCUAGACACGGACGUCUUGGACAAGCUCGAGUCCCUUGGAUUAGGUGGUGAAGGUCUCACUCCUAACGAUGCAAUAUCUUUUGGUCGCCGGACACGCGUUGUGAAUGCCUACGGACCUUCAGAGUGUACAGUUGGGGCCACUGUCAAUCCCAAUGUCAACACCAAACCUUACAUCACUAUGGGAAGAGGCGCAGGAUGUGCAUUGUGGCUGACUGAGCCAAACAACCACAACAAGCUUGUACCCAUUGGUGCAGUUGGUGAACUACUCAUCGAAGGACCGAUUGUCGGCAAUGGAUACUUGAGCAACCCAGAAAAGACAAAGGAGGUUUUCAUCGAAGCCCCAGAGUUCCUCAUUCAGGGGAGCAGAAGCUUUCCGGGGCGACAUGGACGCGUUUACAGAACUGGCGAUCUUUGUCGUUUUGAUCCCGACGGUGAUGGCGAAGUUAUGUUCGUUGGUCGAGGGGAUCAGCAAGUCAAGCUUCGCGGCCAACGCAUAGAAUUGGCGGAGAUUGAGCACAAUAUGCAGAAGCACCUCCCAUCAGAGUGCCAGCUUGCGGUAGAGGUAAUCAAGCCAGGUGGAAUCGGUGAAGCAACUCUCGUCGCUUUCCUGGUAGAAGACAUGAAGAAUGGUAUGCGACAUCUGGAAGGCACCGUCUUUGGUAAUUUUUCAGAAAAGUUCCACGCUACACUGCAGAAGAUGACGAAACAACUCUUCAAGGACCUGCCGGGAUACAUGGUGCCUAUCGCCUACAUUCCACUCUGGAAAAUGCCACUCCUCAUAUCAUACAAGACAGACAGGAAGCGACUUCGAGAGAUUGGAAGCUCUAUCACGCGCCAAGAUCUCAGGCGUUUCAAUUCCACAGUAGCUGAGAAGAAGGAGCUCGCUACUGAAACGGAAAUCAAGCUCGCAGCAGUGUGGGCAAAGCUGCUCGGAGGAGAUACCGACUUUAGUGCGAACGACAACUUCUUUAGUAUGGGCGGCGACUCUUUGCGCGCUAUGCGUCUUGUCGCCAAUGCCCGGAAAGAGGGCAUGGUGCUGUCCGUGCCGGACGUCCUGCUCAACCCAACAUUGUCGGCCAUGGCAGCCAAGGCGACGCUACUUUCAGAGGAAGAGGCGAACGAAGUGGCGCCGUUCUCCCUCAUCGGGGAAGAUUGGGACGCUGAGCAGGCUCGAACAGAGAGCGCGCAGCUUUGCAACGUGGAUGUCUCAAUGGUUGAAGACGUGUACCCUUGCACACCACUUCAAGAAGGACUCAUGGCGCUGUCUUUUAAGUUUUCCGAUGCCUACAUCGCUCAGCGUGUGGCAACACUUCCUCGUGAAGAAGCACGGCAGCUGAAGAAAGCUUUCGAGACAGCUGUUAAGGGUACGCCAAUUUGGCGAACGCGCAUCGUCAAUGUCCCUGGCCGUGGUCUCUUCCAAGUUGUGCUCAAAGACUGGAACGCUUUCCGCGAACAUGGUUCAGACUUAGCUACUUAUCUCAAGAACGAGAGGCUAGAGGCUAUGGAUCUCGGUAAAGCACUCUUCCGCUAUGGGCUGGUCGAAGAAGAAGGAGCCGAUACUGCACAUGUCGUUAUUACAUCACAUCACGCAAUCUACGAUGGAUGGUCCAUGCCGCUGGUGCUUGAGAGGACCGAGCGUGCAUUGAAAGGUCUCGAUACGAUCCGCCCUGCGUCAUUCCGACACUUCAUCAAGUACCUCCUCAAGCACAAUCCCAGUAUCUCGAGAGAUUGGUGGAAGCAGCAUAUGGAGGGUGUAAGCCCACAUCAAUUUCCUCCGCUCCCGCACAAAGGAUACAUCACACAAGCCAACGCACUGCUCGACCAAGACAUCGCUGCUCCAACCUCAGCACAUUCGAGACACACACUUGCCACAAUCAUUCGCGGGGCAUGGUCGCUUCUUUCCUCACUCUACAUGGGUCACUCAGAUAUAGUCUUUGGAGAGACACUCACAGGCCGAUCCGCGCCAAUUCAUGGUGUUGAGCAGAUUGAAGGGCCAAUGAUCACGACUAUUCCAGUACGUGUCCGUGUUGGUCUUGAUCAGUCCGUUAAUGACUAUCUGCAAAUGAUCCAUACGCUCUCCGUGCAACAAAUCCCGCAUGAGCAUCUCGGGCUCCAGAACAUUCGCCGAGUGAGCAAGGAUGCCCGCGCAGCAUGUGACCUCCGCACUGGAUUCGUCCUUCAGCCCAAGGUCGUGGACGAUUGGAGUAGCAAUGCCUACGAAAACUCACUCCUGGCAAGGUUCAUGCCCGCGAACGAAGGCGAAGCGGCGCGAGAAGCGCUCAAGUUCAACACCUACGGCAUCAUGCUUAUCUGUACCUUGGACAAGAAUGGUUUCAAUGCCAUGACAAGUUUCGACACGAAUUGCAUUAGUAUUCCUGCUAUGCAGCGAGUGCUUGACUUGUUUGAUCGCAUCGUCACUGCUUUCUUGAGUAGUCCAGAAGCCAAGCUUGCCGACCUGGCGGUUCUUACUCCUGAAGAAGAGGAAGAUGCUAGACAAAUGAGGCCCGCGGAUAUCAUGACCGAUAGUGGCGUGGCUAUGGCACCAGUUGAGACACUCUCUGCCAACGAAGAGAAGUUGAGAUCGCUACUUGCCAGGAUCCUAAGCAUGCCUGAGACAGAAAUCAGUCCCAGCGACAGCUUCUUCGAGCUUGGAGGAGACUCGAUCGGAGCUAUGAGGCUCGUGUCGGAUGCCCGAGCUCAAGGCUUCAGCAUCUCGGUCGCACAAGUCUUCCAAAGCAAAUCGCUCGCUGACCUUGCCAAGUUCUUCGGCAACGAUAAAGAAGAAAAGCUUAUUGAUAUGCUCAGCCGCACUUUUAGCUUCUUCGAAUUAGGUGGCGACUCUAUUGGUGCGAUGCGACUAGUUUCGGAUGCUCGGUCACAAGGCCUGGAGAUUACUGUUGCGCAGGUGUUCCGAAGCAAGUCGCUGGCUGAGCUUGCUGCAUCUGCGCAACAAGCGCAGUCUUCACAAUCUCAAGUGCUUGACACACCAUACCUUGCUCUUGGUAAAGAAGCGUCCUUGUACAGUGCUGACCGCAUCUGCUCGUACCUCGAGAACCCAGAGUGGGAUAUCGUGAACAUUUACCCACUCCGGCCGCUUCAACAGCUUGCAGUCGAGGGUACCGUUGCUCUUCCGCGCUACUCACUGCGGUAUGAACUGAUCAAGUUCACCACGCCCAUCGACGAGCAAAGACUUCACGACGCUUGCCAAGAGCUUGUGGCCCGCAACGAAGUAUUGCGCACAGUCUUUGUGCUGGACGGAAGCAAGAACCUUGGUGUCGUACUUUCGUCUCUCCAGGUGCCCUAUAGUCAAGUCACGGUGCCCGAUGGCAUAGACAUCAACUCCUUCGCACAAGGCUACGUGCACAGCGACAUUUUAGCGCCCAAGCCCCACGGAACUUCCUUCGUCGGAUUCACUUUGUUCGUGUCGCCCAGCACAGGUGCUUCGACACUUGCAUUCCGUAUCUCGCACGCACAGUACGACGAGAUGUGCUUGCCGACGCUCUUUGAUCAGCUUUCGGCACUGUACUGCGGCAGCGAAGUGCCAGUCAUGGACCCUUACACUAAGCACGUGAACCACGUCGUGCUGAACAACAUCCCUGUCAGUAUUCCAUACUGGCAAGAGCUACUCGACGGCUCCAAGAUGUCUGUCAUGAAGCCAGACAUUCCGCUCGUGCAGCGCAAGAUGACCGACACCUACAUGGAGUUCGACAUCUCCUCGCGCCCGAAAGGCAUCACCAUUGGCUCGCUGCCCACUGCCGCCUGGGCACUUGUACUCGCGCGCCGCCUCGCUACCAAGGACGUCGUCUUCGGCGAAGUCGUCAACGGGCGCAGUCUCGGUCUCCCCAACGCCGACCGUAUCUACGGCCCAACAUGGCAAUAUGUCCCCUUCCGCGUUCCCUUCAAGUCUACCUGGACAUACCUCGAUCUGCUCAAGUUUGUGCAGCUUCAGCACGUGGAGUCUUCUUCAUAUGAGGGUAUGGGCUUUGCCGAGAUUGUGGAGAACUGCACGAACUGGGACCCCAAGGAGACUACGUGGUUCGACACAGUUGUGCAUCAAGCCCCAGCUUGGGUCGAAGAACUUCCCUUUGGCGAUGACGUGGAUGGCAACAAGGUCGAAGCGAAGUUCGAGACGAUGUACCCACACCCAGAGCCGCUCAGGGAGUGGAAGUGCCAGGCUUUCGUGCGGGACGGAGGUAAGAAGCUGGGAAUUGAGAUUGUGACGUUUGAGGAGUGGAUUGGGGUUGGAAAGGAAGUAUUGAAAGAGGUUGGAGAAGCGCUGAGCAUGUUGAUGAAUGGCAAUGCUGGAAACAGGAUUUUCGAGGAAGAGGUGGCCGAAGCGCCAAAGCGGACCCUGGAGGAUUUUGAGGGUGUGAUGUGA